UCACUUAUUUUCCAUCUUCAGUACAUCUUAUUUCUUCUUGUAGAUCUGGGUUUUCAUCUUGUAUUAUUUCCCUUCAGCCUGAAGGCCAUUCUGUCACCUAGCUUUUGUUUAUCUUAAAAUGCUUUUACUUCUCUCAUUCUUGGAGAAUAGAAUUCUGGGUUGACAGGUUUUUCCUCUUUUUUGUUUUUGGCACUUUAGAGAUAUUGUUCCAUUGUCUUCUGGUCAGCAGUCAUUUUUAUCCUUGUUUCCCUGUACUUCAUUUAUUUUUCUUUCUUACUGGCUACUUUCAAGAUCCUCUCUUUAGCCAGGUCUUCAGAAGUUUAUGAUGUAAUUAGGUUUGAUUCCCUUUAUUUAUCCUUCUUGGGUUUGCUGAGCUUCUUGGACCUAUAAGUCAGUGAAAAUCGAAUUGGCAUUCGGGAAAUUUUUGGCUGCUAUUUCUUCACAUGCUUUUUUCUGCUUCAAUCUCAUUAAAAAAUCUUUUGGGACUCCUCCAAUUAUAUAUAAAUGUGUAUAUAUAUAUAUAUGUUAGAUUAUUUAAUAUUGUGUCAAAUAUUAACAUGCAGCAUUUUCAUUUUUCUUCAAUGUUUUUCCCCCCUUUUUCUAUUUCUGUGCUGUGUUUGAACUCUAGCUCUUUACUGCAGUCAGGAAAUUGUCUCUAGGCAGAGAGCCAAGGUGAAAAAAAUAAAAGAAUAAGAACAAAUCAAUGAUAUUAUUAAUCUGUCUUCAAGCUCACCAACUCUCUGCCAUUUCCAAUUUGCUGUUAAGCCCAUACAAUGAUUUUUUUUUCAUUUCAGUUAGUGUACUUUCUAGUUAUAGAACUUUUAUUUACAUCUUUUUUUUUGUAAUUUUCUGCUUUUCUACUGAGAUUUUCUAUCUGUUCACACAUUAGGGCCAUAUUUACUUUUAAUUAUUUGAGCAUAUUUUCUGUAGUUUUUAAGACAUAUUUAUAAUAGCUGCCUUAAAGUUUCACAUGCCAAGUCCAAAAUCUGUGUCACAUUUUCCAUUUUCUUUGUAUGUAUAAGUGGUUUUUAAAUUAAAUACUGGGCAUUUUGGAUAAUAUGCUUUAGAGACACUGGAUUCUGUUGUUUCCCUUAGAAAAGUAUGAAUUCUUGCAGCUAAAAUACUGGCUGAUCACCUUGAACUUUUGCAGGCUUGAUUUUAUGCUUUGUUAUUUCUGUGGAAAACUCAUGGCAUUUUCCAAGUCCUUCUAAAUUGGUCAGACUCAAUCUUUAAGCUGUUUCCUUGAGGAUUUUGUUGUAGUUUGAAUGUAGUCUUUAUUAGGGUGAGACUACAGUAGGUCUUAUUUUGGGGUACAGAUCUUACUCCUACAGAGUGGCAUUUCUGGAAUCUCAGACUGAUGCCGCAGAUGUUAUAACAUUUAAAGAAGGCUGUUCUACCCUGGCAGGGCUGGAACUCCAACAAGUUCCAGCACUUUCCUUUCCCCACCAGUGCUCAACCUACUAACUGUGUUUUACCUUUAACACUGUAAUGGGUGCUGUCUAGAAAAGCUUGGAAGUCUUUCCUUGAGCAUGUAUAACUCAGCCCUCAGCCAUGAAUUCACAGAUUACCUCGUCUUGGACUUACGGGGCCCUCUUUGCACAGGUGUCUCUGAUAAUCCACCCCGCAGAUUCUAGCCUCUUUAGCUGCCACAAGCUAUGACCACUGCUUCCUCAGCACAGUGCGGCCACUGUGUUAUGCUUGGACUCCAGCUCUCUGUCCGGGAAUUGUCUCUAGGCCAAAGAACCAGGAUGAUUAUGGGCUCAUCUCAUAAAGUUUUCAUUUUCUGAGGAAUCAAAGUCUUAUGCCGCUUAUUGUCCACUGCCUGGAAAUAGUUGCCUCACAUCUUUUGUCCAGCUUUAUGGUUGUUUCCAGUAGGAAACUGGCCUGAAAUCAGGGAUUUUAUCAUGGCAAAAAGCAGAAACCUUCCACUUAUCUUUGUCUUUAAUAAUAGCUAGCAUUCAUUGAAUAUUUACUUCCUGCAGGAUACUCUUCUAUUUACUUUAUAUGUAUGAUUUAGUUUAAUUCCCACAAUAAUGCCAUGAAAUAAGUACUAUUUUUUUUUUAAUCACAGUUUUAUAAGCGAGGAAACAGAUGCGUAAGGGGCUAUGUAACUCAUGGCAGGAAACUCAACUAGUAAGUAUCAGAGUCUGAAUUCAAACCCAGGCAGUUUGAAUCAAGUUAAUGCUGUUAAAUCAUAUAUUGUCUGACUUGACAAUAGCCAGUGCUCUGGGAAUAUCAUUCAGUGUCAUUGUUACCAUGGAGAAAAUGCUUUUCUCCUCUAAGGAUACGAUGAAGUGCUUCAUAAAUGCACAUAUGAUUAUUGGCAUGGGAAUCCCAAUAGAGGGUGCAGUCAUGUUAUGUUCUGAGGUUGGUGUGAAGUUAAGUAGUUUAUUGAGUCCUGUUUUAGCAUAGCAGUUACUAACUAUGGCUUAUAGUCAAGAUUUGUAUGAUACAGAAGGCUUACAAUUUUUUACUGGUCACAUAUGCUAGCCUUUUGAAUAGCUAUGACAGGGUCAAACUUACUCAACUAUGGCUCUUUAAAACCCUAAGUUAAUCUUAUGUUUCCAUAUACUUUUCUCAUCUAUGGACCAAUUGUUCCUUCUAUCUCUCUAUCUUACAGCCCCAGGAGUUCCUGGCUGUCUAUUCUCAGAAAACUUGGGUCUUCUUUUAGAGGGAAAAUGGAAACAAGCAUCUCAUCCAUUCAGGGAGUCGACGAGUUGAAGAUGAAGCCCAGAGCGGAGUGCUGUUCUCCCAAGUUCUGGUUGGUGUUGGCUGUCCUGGCCGUGUCAGGCAGCAGAGCUCGUUCUCAGAAGAGCCCCCCCAGCAUUGGCAUUGCUGUCAUCCUCGUGGGCACUUCCGACGAGGUGGCCAUCAAGGAUGCCCACGAGAAAGAUGAUUUCCACCAUCUCUCCGUGGUGCCUCGGGUGGAACUGGUAGCCAUGAAUGAGACCGACCCAAAGAGCAUCAUCACCCGCAUCUGUGAUCUCAUGUCUGACCGGAAGAUCCAGGGGGUGGUGUUUGCUGAUGACACAGACCAGGAAGCCAUCGCCCAGAUCCUCGAUUUCAUUUCUGCACAGACUCUCACCCCUAUCCUGGGCAUCCACGGGGGCUCCUCUAUGAUAAUGGCAGAUAAGGAUGAAUCCUCCAUGUUCUUCCAGUUUGGCCCAUCCAUUGAACAGCAAGCUUCCGUAAUGCUCAACAUCAUGGAAGAAUAUGACUGGUACAUCUUUUCUAUCGUCACCACCUAUUUCCCUGGCUACCAGGACUUUGUAAACAAGAUCCGCAGCACCAUUGAGAAUAGCUUUGUGGGCUGGGAGCUAGAGGAAGUCCUCCUACUGGACAUGUCCCUGGACGAUGGAGAUUCUAAGAUCCAGAAUCAGCUCAAGAAACUUCAAAGCCCCAUCAUUCUUCUUUACUGUACCAAGGAAGAAGCCACCUACAUCUUUGAAGUGGCCAACUCAGUAGGGCUGACUGGCUACGGCUACACGUGGAUCGUGCCCAGUCUGGUGGCAGGGGAUACAGACACAGUGCCUGCGGAGUUCCCCACUGGGCUCAUCUCUGUAUCAUAUGAUGAAUGGGACUACGGCCUCCCUGCCAGAGUGAGAGAUGGAAUUGCCAUAAUCACCACUGCUGCUUCUGACAUGCUGUCCGAACACAGCUUCAUCCCUGAGCCCAAAAGCAGUUGUUACAAUACCCAUGAGAAGAGAAUCUACCAGUCCAAUAUGCUAAAUAGGUAUCUGAUCAACGUCACUUUUGAGGGGAGGAAUCUGUCCUUCAGUGAAGAUGGUUACCAGAUGCACCCAAAACUGGUGAUAAUUCUUCUGAACAAGGAGAGGAAGUGGGAAAGGGUGGGGAAGUGGAAAGACAAGUCCCUGCAGAUGAAGUACUAUGUGUGGCCCCGAAUGUGUCCAGAGACUGAAGAGCAGGAAGAUGACCAUCUGAGCAUUGUGACCCUGGAGGAGGCACCAUUUGUCAUUGUGGAAAGUGUGGACCCUCUGAGUGGAACCUGCAUGAGGAACACAGUCCCCUGCCAAAAACGCAUAAUCACUGAGAAUAAAACAGAUGAGGAGCCGGGUUACAUCAAAAAAUGCUGCAAGGGGUUCUGUAUCGACAUCCUUAAGAAAAUUUCUAAAUCUGUGAAGUUCACCUAUGACCUUUACCUGGUUACCAAUGGCAAGCAUGGGAAGAAAAUCAAUGGAACCUGGAAUGGUAUGAUUGGAGAGGUGGUCAUGAAGAGGGCCUACAUGGCGGUGGGCUCACUCACCAUCAAUGAGGAACGAUCGGAGGUGGUCGACUUCUCUGUGCCCUUCAUAGAGACAGGCAUCAGUGUCAUGGUGUCACGCAGCAAUGGGACUGUCUCACCUUCUGCCUUCUUAGAGCCAUUCAGUGCUGACGUAUGGGUGAUGAUGUUUGUGAUGCUGCUCAUCGUCUCAGCCGUGGCUGUCUUUGUCUUUGAGUACUUCAGCCCUGUGGGUUAUAACAGGUGCCUCGCUGAUGGCAGAGAGCCUGGUGGCCCCUCUUUCACCAUCGGCAAAGCUAUUUGGUUGCUCUGGGGUCUGGUGUUUAACAACUCCGUACCUGUGCAGAACCCAAAGGGGACCACCUCCAAGAUCAUGGUGUCAGUGUGGGCCUUCUUUGCUGUCAUCUUCCUGGCCAGCUACACUGCCAACUUAGCUGCCUUCAUGAUCCAAGAGGAAUAUGUGGACCAGGUUUCUGGCCUGAGCGACAAAAAGUUCCAGAGACCUAAUGACUUCUCACCCCCUUUCCGCUUUGGGACCGUGCCCAACGGCAGCACAGAGAGAAAUAUUCGCAAUAACUAUGCAGAAAUGCAUGCCUACAUGGGAAAGUUCAACCAGAGGGGUGUAGAUGAUGCAUUGCUCUCCCUGAAAACAGGGAAACUGGAUGCCUUCAUCUAUGAUGCAGCAGUGCUGAACUAUAUGGCAGGCAGAGAUGAAGGCUGCAAGCUGGUGACCAUUGGCAGUGGGAAGGUCUUUGCUUCCACUGGCUAUGGCAUUGCCAUCCAAAAAGAUUCUGGGUGGAAGCGCCAGGUGGACCUUGCUAUCCUGCAGCUCUUUGGAGAUGGGGAGAUGGAAGAACUGGAAGCUCUCUGGCUCACUGGCAUUUGUCACAAUGAGAAGAAUGAGGUCAUGAGCAGCCAGCUGGACAUUGACAACAUGGCAGGGGUCUUCUACAUGUUGGGGGCGGCCAUGGCUCUCAGCCUCAUCACCUUCAUCUGCGAACACCUUUUCUAUUGGCAGUUCCGACAUUGCUUUAUGGGUGUCUGUUCUGGCAAGCCUGGCAUGGUCUUCUCCAUCAGCAGAGGCAUCUACAGCUGCAUCCAUGGGGUGGCGAUCGAGGAGCGCCAAUCCGUAAUGAAUUCCCCCACCGCAACCAUGAACAACACACACUCCAACAUCCUGCGCCUGCUGCGCACAGCCAAGAACAUGGCUAACCUGUCUGGUGUGAACGGCUCCCCGCAGAGCGCCCUGGACUUCAUCCGACGGGAGUCAUCUGUCUAUGACAUCUCAGAGCAUCGCCGCAGCUUCACACAUUCUGACUGCAAAUCCUACAACAACCCGCCCUGUGAGGAGAACCUCUUCAGUGACUACAUCAGUGAGGUGGAGAGAACGUUCGGGAACCUGCAGCUGAAGGACAGCAACGUGUACCAAGAUCACUACCACCAUCACCACCGGCCCCAUAGCAUCGGCAGUGCCAGCUCCAUCGAUGGCCUCUACGACUGUGACAACCCACCCUUCACCACCCAGUCCAGGUCCAUCAGCAAGAAGCCCCUGGACAUCGGCCUCCCCUCCUCCAAGCACAGCCAGCUCAGUGACCUGUACGGCAAAUUCUCCUUCAAGAGCGACCGCUACAGUGGCCACGAUGACUUGAUCCGCUCCGAUGUCUCUGACAUCUCAACCCACACCGUCACCUACGGGAACAUCGAGGGCAAUGCCGCCAAGAGGCGUAAGCAGCAAUAUAAGGACAGCCUGAAGAAGCGGCCCGCCUCGGCCAAGUCCCGCAGGGAGUUUGACGAGAUCGAGCUGGCCUACCGUCGCCGACCGCCCCGCUCCCCUGACCACAAGCGCUACUUCAGGGACAAGGAAGGGCUACGGGACUUCUACCUGGACCAGUUCCGAACAAAGGAGAACUCACCCCACUGGGAGCACGUGGACCUGACCGACAUCUACAAGGAGCGGAGUGACGACUUUAAGCGCGACUCGGUCAGCGGAGGAGGGCCCUGUACCAACAGGUCCCACAUCAAGCACGGGGCAGGUGACAAACACGGCGUGGUCAGUGGGGUACCUGCACCGUGGGAGAAGAACCUGACCAACGUGGAGUGGGAGGACCGGUCCGGGGGCAACUUCUGCCGCAGCUGUCCCUCCAAGCUGCACAACUACUCCACGACGGUGACGGGUCAGAACUCGGGCAGGCAGGCGUGCAUCCGGUGCGAGGCUUGCAAGAAAGCAGGCAACCUGUAUGACAUCAGCGAGGACAACUCCCUGCAGGAACUGGACCAGCCGGCUGCCCCGGUGGCGGUGACGUCAAACGCCUCCACCACUAAGUAUCCUCAGAGCCCGACUAAUUCCAAGGCCCAGAAGAAGACCCGGAACAAACUGCGCCGGCAACACUCCUACGACACCUUCGUGGACCUGCAGAAGGAAGAAGCCGCCCUGGCCCCGCGCAGCGUAAGCCUGAAAGACAAGGGCCGAUUCAUGGAUGGGAGCCCCUACGCCCACAUGUUUGAGAUGUCAGCUGGCGAGAGCACCUUUGCCAACAACAAGUCCUCAGUGCCCACUGCCGGACAUCACCACCACAACAACCCCGGCGGCGGCUACAUGCUCAGCAAGUCGCUCUACCCUGACCGGGUCACGCAAAACCCUUUCAUCCCCACUUUUGGGGACGACCAGUGCUUGCUCCAUGGCAGCAAAUCCUACUUCUUCAGGCAGCCCACGGUGGCGGGGGCGUCGAAAGCCAGGCCGGACUUCCGGGCCCUUGUCACCAACAAGCCGGUGGUCUCGGCCCUUCAUGGGGCCGUGCCAGCCCGUUUCCAGAAGGACAUCUGUAUAGGGAACCAGUCCAACCCCUGUGUGCCUAACAACAAAAACCCCAGGGCUUUCAAUGGCUCCAGCAAUGGGCAUGUUUAUGAGAAACUUUCUAGUAUUGAGUCUGAUGUCUGAGUGAGGGAACAGAGAGGUUAAGGUGGGUACGGGAGGGUAAGGCUGUGGGUCGUGUGAUGCGCAUGUCACGGAGGGUGACGGGGGUGAACUUGGUUCCCAUUUGCUCCUUUCUUGUUGUUUUAAUUUAUUUAUGGGAUCCUGGAGUUCUGGUUCCUACUGAGGGCAACCCCGGUGACCAGCACCAUCUCCCCUCCUUUUCACAGUUCUCUCCUUCUUUCACCCCUAUCAGCCAUUCCUGUUCCCAUGAGAUGAUGCCAUGGGCCCUCUCAGCAGGGGAGGGUAGAGCGGAGAAAGGAAGGGCUGCAUGCGAGCUUCCUCCUGGUGUGGAAGAGCUCCUUGACAUCCUCUUUGAGUGAAGCCAGGAGAACCAAAAAGAGGCUAUGUGAGCACAAAGGUAGCUUUUCCCAAAACUGAUCUUUUCAUUUAGGUGAGAAAGCAAAAGCAUCUACGUGAGACCAUUUAGCACACUGCUUGUGAAAAGAAAGAGGCUCUGGCUAAAUUCAUGCUGCUUAGAUGACAUCUGUCUAGGAAUCGUGUGCCAAGCAGAGGUUGGGAGGCCAUGUGUGUUUAUAUAUAAGCCAAAAAAUGCUUGCUUCAACCCCAUGAGACUCCAUAGUGGUGGUGAACAGGAACAAAAGGUCAUUGGUGGCGGAGCGGAUUCUUGAACAAACUGGAAAGUACGUUAUGAUAGUGUCCCACAGUGCCUUGGAGGCAAGAGCAGGUGGAUUGUGCAUGCAUGUGUGUUCAUGCACACUUGCACCCACAUGUAGUUGGGUGCCUCAAGAGAAGGCAACCUUGACUCCUUCUGUUGUUUCUUUCAAUAUCCCCAAGCAGUGUGAUUGUUUGGCUUAUAUACAGACAGAGAUGGCCAUGUGUUACCUGAAUUUUGGCUGUGUCUCCCUUCAUCCUUCUUGAAUAAGGAGAAUGAAAAUUCUUGAUAAAGAAGAAUCCGUGGUCUAGACAAAAAUGAUGGUGAGCAAUCCUGCAAGAGCAAGGUACAAAAACAAGUCCUCAGUGGUUGGCAAUUUUUUUAACCAGUUUGAACCAAGAAUCUUCCAGGAAGGCUAAAGGGAAACAGAAUUUUCACAGCCACGAUUCUUUUGCCCACACUUGAGAGCAAAAGAUUCUACAAAGCUCUUUUGAGUAUUUAGAUUGUCGACUGGCCAAGGUUUGGGGAGGAGCAAAGCCACCUUUGAAGAAGUAAGGAGUCGUGUAUGGUAGGGUAAGUGAGAGAGGGGGAUGUUUCCAAUGCUUUGAUCCCUUCUUACUUAACCUGAAUCUAGAAGAGCAGGCUUCUUCCCCCAAAACUGAUUACAACUGCUGUGGAGCAGACAGUUAAGAGAAAUGAACUUGACAAUUAAGAGAAAUGAGCUGCACUCCAUGAGUGUAGCUCAGGAGGUACAAAGAGAGGGGAAGAGACUUGGCAAUGGGAGAGGGGGGCAGAGAGGGAUCCUCCACAACCUCUUUGGGCCUGGCUCCCUGGGAAUGUGACUUGAGCCCAGAGUGAACACUCUUGGUAGAAGCCCUUCCACCUUCCUGCAACACCUUGUUUCCCUCUCAGAUUGUACCAUUGAGGAAUUAAAAAAAAAAAGAUAUACAUGUAUAAAACUCCAGGGAUGAGGGUACCGGCAGACAUGAUGCUCCCUUCACUUAACAUUGGAAAAUUGAGAAGGGAAAUGAAUAUGUGUCACGGCCGGUCCUGAAACUUGGGGUAGGGCUAUUCUAUGGGUCAGUUCCACUGUCCUGCCAUCCUUCCCUACACAGGGUGGCAUCCAGAGAGCCCCGGGUCUGUGUGGAAGCUUCACUACAGGAUCGCCAUGUUGCACACAGGACACAUAAACCAGAAAGGUGCUCAUCCUCCUCUGGAAGGAAGCUGCCAUGUCUCUUCAAGUCACUCCCUCCAGGGCUGCUCUUCGCCCCUGUUCGCCCUUACUCGUGACCCUUCCUCAUCCCAUCCUUGACUGCUAUCCCCGACCCUCCUCCUUGAUUUUUACCUCAGUAUCUUUCAUUUUAAAGCCAACUGAAGGCCUUGUAAAGCUUUGUUUUCUUUCUAAAAUGAACAUGGGGGCAAGGGGCUGAACCUCUCACAGAUUUGGAGAGAGGGGCACGGAGUGCUUUACCUUAGAUAACAGGAAAGACUGAGAGAGGACAGAGGGCGUGAGGCACCUCCAGAAGGAAGAAGGUGAAGGGCCACGUAAACACCGCUUCGCCCUGACUCUGUCCAGGGGUCAGGGACUCAUCCCCUCAUCUUCCUCUUACCUCACCCCUUUCAAACAAAAAACCAAACCAACUAACCUAGCGAACAGCAAUCUAGAACCAAGGGAGCUCUUUCAGUCUCCGCUGGCAACAGAAAUCAAGAUGGUGUUUAUUUCAUAUGUAAAUAUUUUGUUUUCUAAUUAAUUUUGUAAAGUGUUCUCUUGUGAGUAUUCAGGGUGUUGGGCUGGAGGGAGUGGGGUGGGGAUGGGAAUGAGAGGGAAAAAGUGUUUUGUUAUGGGUUUUCAUUUUCCACUGGGGGAAUUGUUUUGUAUGGCUUUUGCUUCAGGGUGUCUGGAAAAAGUGAAUGCCCAUGGAGGCCACUAUGGUGAAAAAGCCAGGGGAAAGUAAUCUGUGUCCAUUCCCCCCGCCCCAGAAAACCAGUCUUCUUACUGGUUUGUGAGAAAUGUUCAUGCACUUUGGCCAGGGCUUUACAUAGGGUUCAGUUUGGCUCUACGCAAACCCCAGGUCUGACUCCUAUCCUUCUAGGUAAACCCUAGGUUACCGCAUAACAUGCAAAGACAGGCUGGUGGCACCAUAUUUCCUCUGUCAGUACCUAGGGUAGGAAAGAUUCCCAAAAGGGCUUAAACAGAAUUAAGGUCAAAUUAACUUCCCGUUCUUGGUGUGACUGAAAGGUUUCAGGAAGCUCAAUCCUGAGAAAUCUCCCAGUGGCCUCCUCUGAUGCUGAAACAAUCAUCUCAGUCAUCUGAGUCUUUUCUUCCUUAGGACCUGGGCGCUGACUCACUCCCUGCCCCACCUCCACCCUCAGAAAUCAGCCUGGCAAACACACCUGGAAAAAUCUCCACUAACUACUUUUUGAAGCAUGUGAUAUCUGGUUAUCACAUAACCAGAGAGGUAGUGCUGGAUAUGUGUCUUACAAAUUUGCAUGCUUUUCUAGAAAAGAUGAUGGGAUCCACUAAAAACUCAGUGGUGAGAUGAUUCCCUUAGCAAGAUUGCUAAAGUUAGGUUUAGAGGUGGGAGGAUGGGUAUGUGAGCAAUGGUGCCAAUAGUGGCCCUUUAUUUGCCUUGUCCUCAUUACUGCCAUCAGGAAGGUGCUACUGGCCUUGAGCCAGGUGUUCAUAAUCUGGCCUUUGGUUAACCAAUCGAACUUCUUUUCCUAGACUGUUGGUUUUGUGGAGGUUGGCAGCCUCUAUCACAGGUUAAAAUUUCUAAAUCCAUUUACCCAGUAUAUUCACUACAUUUUUUCCUAUCCUCCCAUCAUGAAAGCUGUUAGCUGGAUAAUUUUAUUUUUCUAAACUCCUUAUUUGGCCCCAAUUGGUCACUUUUCUUCAACUGGAUAUUUGUACUGGGACUAAGUUACUCAUGGUCUGCUCAAGAAAGCGUAAAGAAAGGAAGGCUGGGCAUUGUUAAAAUCUAGAUGUUACUUAAUUCCAGAAUAACAAGCAAGUAAAAUGCAUGAGAAAUAAUUCAGCUAUAAGCCCAAUCUAUAUCACAGAUGGGUAUGAAACAACACCCAAUCCAUCCAAAACUGUGAGAUUCCGCAGAUACCCUCAGGAGUACCUAAUAUUCCCAUGUUCUUCAGAAUCCAUGCUUUCUCUCUUUGUACCCUCUAUCAUUCCCUUCCAUUGCAGAAGUGGUUGGUGAGUGUGGUCCUGUAUGAACUCCUUUCAGUGGCAAUGCUUAAAUCUCAGCAUUUCCACUGACAAUAAUCUGACUCUUGAAUUUGCCUGAGUCGAGAAUGUGCACACCUUUCAAAGUGAUGCAUGUACAGUGGACUUUGUUAUUUCAAAAUCUGUCACUGUGUAUCCUCAACCAGAACUUGGGAAACAUCCUUCGUGUGUAUUCCCCUGCACUGGCCACAGCCAUGUUGUGAUUGAGGGGAAAAUCCCAAAUGAUUCCAUUAAAUGUUGCUGGUGUCAGUAGUGCCAAAAACGCAUGUAUGAUGUGAUACAGUAGGAGUCAUCUAUACAGUUAAGUGACUAUCACCCAUCCGGUCUUCCGUGGCCAUUGGGAGUUGCCCAAGGGAGAAUUCUCUGCAGAGUGCUGGUCACCUGCACAUGUCACUAAGAGCUAGGUUUCUUCGGUUCAUUUUUUUUUUUUCCGUUGUUUUUUAGUUAGUUCAAGAUUUAGAGACAGAAUAACCAGAUUGGUUGGGCAAUAAGCUUUUGGAAAAACUAUUCCAGAACUCACUUUAUUCUUUUAAUAAUCAUCUCUCUAAAAAGGCCCUGUCAUUGCUUGACACCCUGUGAAUGUCUGUUUUCGUAUGUUGGGAAUGAUUCAGAUGUGUGCAUAAAUGAUGUCACUGCAGUGAUGUUGAUGAAUGCAUUCAGCAUUUCCAGGGAUUGUGGCCAUUCCUUAUGUGCUCUCUGAGCCCAAAGCCAUAUAGGAAACAUAUGCUCAGUAGGCUGCUGCACACUACAGCAGAGCUUUUGCUUUCUUCACUUGGGUGUCAGAGAUUUUUCCUGUUUAAGGAGCUCUUCAUGGAGGAGAAGCAGCUGAAGGUGAAUAGUCACACCGGGAUGGGUCUGGCCUUAUGCAUGCUGUGUGGUCCAUGGUGUGUUGAAGGUCCUGAAAAGGUCUUUUUCAUUUCCCACCCCUCUCCAACUACUGCCUUCCCACACAGAUUUGUUGCUUUAGUGCUGAGCUGAGCUGCCUGUCAUUCAAAUGAAAGUAAUCCCAGGAAAGGUGACAUAUUAAGCCAUAUUAGGGAUUUAUACAUUUAAUCACCUAAUUUACAUUAGGAAUCUCACUCCUUUUCCUGGGAAUAAGUUAUGAUACAAGAGAAGAGGAAGGGAGUAGAGAGCACUGAGAGCAAUAGAGUAGGGAACAAGGAUACAGGUUCUAGAUGGCAAAGACAUUUAAACCAUAUUUUAUCCUCCACCUGCUUUUAUUUAAGGCUCAUGUGACACCUAAAUAGGACUCCUGGUUAGGAAUUAUUUUCAAUACACAAUCACAUGAGUGUAUAAUUUAUGAAUUUCUAAAUUCAGUAUCUUGUAGGGCAGGUUGAGAACUAUGAUUCUUUCUAUAGAAAAUGGAAAAGUGAUGCUUCUCCUCCAUUACAUGUUACUGAGUAGGCAGCUAGAAAAAUCAAAUUGAAUUUAUGAUACAAUAAAAGUUACUGUCAUUGUCUGGUCUCUGUCCCAGUUUAAAUAAUCUUCCAAUUAGCUGAGUUGGUCUAUAUCCUAUACUUUCCACCUCCAUGGGGGGUGCCCUGUUAUCUGGUAAAAGAGCCACUUAUGACCUCAGGUGCUACUUAACCUGGGGGACAACUGUUUCUUAGGCCUAUCAGAUGUUUGGGAUGACACUAAAAUGCAGAUUAGUCAGUCUGAGAAUGUCUAAUAUUGAUCUGGAUCUAGGAUUCUAUUCUAGUUUGGGGGGGUUCCAGUAUUAUAUAAAAUCAUAGGAUAUCUGAGAACAUCCCACCCUCAACUCAUUCCAACCAUAUUGAUUCAGUCACACAGGGGCCCUGUGAGUUAUAUGACUCAGAAGAGACAGCCUAUCUAUUCCCACGACAAAGGCCCCCACCCAGAACCUUAAAUUGAAAGCCAGUGCUGCUACUUUUAUGCCUUGGAGAGAUCUGUGAAGUUUAGGGCUUCUCAUUUACAAUAUUGAAGCAAGAAAAAAGAAUUUUGUUCAGAGUAAUGGGUUAGAAUAGCAGUACUGGGAAUAAGUGGGGAAAGUUAGAAAUCUUCCACAUUUCUCUCUGCGUCUCUCAGAGCUCCGCACAGUGAGUUUCUGGAGCUGCUUCAUGCUUUGAAUAUAAUUGCUGGGGUGAUUAUGUGGGUAAGGGCUCCUGAAAGAACUGAAGGUGAAAAGCAGAGUAGAUGAGUAGAAUUCCUCAGAGCCUUGGCACUCUGGUGUGUUGAGUCUGUGUUUUGGCAAAGGUAAGAGAACUCAAUGCAAGAAUAAAGGUACAAUUAAAAAGCACAACACUAAGCCCAAUUUAAACUGUUAUUUUAAAGAUUGGGUUUCCACACUUUAAACCUUAACUCCUUUAUCUGUAAUUAUUUUAGUGUUGUGAUUUAAGGGGUGGAGCAGGUUCUAGUACUAUGCAGGAGAAAAAAAUAAAAGUUCUCUGGUUAAAUAUGUGAGUUUAAUUAAACCAACGUCUAUUGUGCACGUACUAUGUCCCUAGGCUAGUUCUGUGAAUGAUAUAAAAGGUUUCAAAAUGGAGUAUAUUGUACUCACGUACAAUAUAUGAAUGCAUAAGUACAAAAUAUGUAAAUUUAUAAAUAGGUAUACAUACAUUUGUAUGAUUGUACAUGCAAGUUUAAUAUUUUCUAGUUUCAGGGUAGGAGUCAAAGAUAUCCAUUAUGUUAUCUGAAAAAACAUUGCAGAGAUUCAACUUCCCAUGUCAUGGCCAGGCCUGGACUUCUUUUGAAAUUAUUACACCUCCCAGAGCUAAAUUCUGGGGUUUCCUCUCUAACACAACCUUGCCUUUUCUAUAUCUUCCUUCCUUCAAGACCCCUCUGUGGUUCUGGUCCAUAAAUCCAUCUGGCCUUGUUGACUUCCCUCUUUGAUCUAACCCUGUAUUUAUCCACAUUAGCAAUAUUCUUACUGGCAAUUCCUUUUUCCUCUUGCCACCUCACUACACCAACCAUGCUCAGCUAACUGCACCCCAGCCCCUUGUCAUUCACUGCAUUUCCAGGAAGAGAAAGUCUUAAACCUAUGCUGAAGAGCACAAAAUCAAUCAAUUUAACCUCGCCUGAACCCUACUCACUUGGACAACUUUUUAAAUUCUCCAAUGUUGACUCAGUGUCACAUUCUGUUUGUUAAAUUUGUUUUAUUUUCCUUUCAUGCUCAUGUCCUGUCUUUCAACAGGCCAUCUUUCCUACUGUGUUCACAAGAAAAUCUGAUUAUUGAAUUCUCACAUAUGCUGUCCUCUCUGCCUUUAGAUUUCUCUUGUCUUUCACACAUCUUCCCCAUCCUUUCUCCCAACAGAGUGCUCCUCUUCCCUAUGCUCUGACCUCUUCUGAGGUGCUCUCCAGCCAACUGUACUUCUCUUUUGCAUCUUUAAUUCCUUCCACACAUCUACCUGCAACUAUCUCAAAAAAACCAAUCCUACAACUAUCUCUAAAGACAAAUCUUUCAAUCCAAUUUGACUCUUGAAUUUCUGUCCUAUCUGUGUUUAUCUUUUUACUUCCCAGCUUCUCAAAAGAGUAGUCUGUCUUUCUCCACUUCCUCACCUUAUGCUCAUGGCUUCAUCAAUGGGCUACAUCCUACCACUCUUUUGAAACUACUCUCAGGCAACAUUCCAAUGAAGUUCUUGCUACAAAAGUCAAUAGCCUUUCUUUACUUUCCCUGCUCAUCAGCCUCAUUGACAAUUACCAUUGGGAGGCAAUGCAUUCUGGUUUCAAUCUUAGUUUGCUGGUCCUGUUACCUCAUUGGUUCCUGCUCUUCCUCUUAUCUCCUGAGCAUUGACUUGCCAUGGUAUUUUGAGCUUGACCCUCCUCUCCUUAUUUUCAUGCUCUGUAGCAAUCUUUCUGACUUCAAUAACUCUUUGAAUGAAGAUGAAUCCCAAAUCUUCACUUUUAGCUCCUACCUUUUGCUUUUCCUUAAUACACAUAUUUCCAGUCACCUUCUGACUCAACUUCAUCUUGACUCAAAUAUCCAAGACCAUUGCUGCAAACCAACAUAAUCACCAAGUUCCUCCUUUAUGUUUAAUGGUAUCACCAUGUCUUCUGUCACCAAACUCAAGCUUCUCGGGCACUUUUGCCUCCUCUGUUUUCUUCAUCCUGCAUAUCUAAAAAUUUGAAAAGCCUACUAAUUCUUCCCCCUAAGGUUUCCAGUCUUCCCUUUUCAUUCAGACCCUUCCUUCUACUCUGGAUUAUUUCAGAAUCUUUUAGCGUUGUUCCAGUAUUUUAUAUUUGAAUCUACUCUUAUCAGUACUCAACUUCCUAAAUAUAAAUCAGAUGUCAUUCUUCAGAUCAAGAAACAACCUUCAGUGGGCUUCACUUGCCAUAGUCUGCCAGCAGUAACUUGUUACUUGACGGUGUGUGCCCCAUAAUCCAGACAAGCUGAAUCACAUUUGUUUCCACUUCCCCUACCAGCUUGUUUUACCCAUUUGUGUCUUCCCUUAAACUGCUCCCUUUGCCCAAAAUACUCUCCUUCCUAUCUCCCCUUUCACUCCCUUCCUGAAUAAUAUCCAUUCCCUCUAUAUAAGUCUUCAAAGAGCAGAACAACUUCAUGUUCCAUCCAGAAAAUAAUUUUAGACAUUUUAUGAAUGCUCAUAACACUUUCAUUGUAUCUCCCUAGUGACAGCUAUCAUGGGACAUCUUAUUUCAUAGGUAUUUGGUUAUACAUCUUAUCUCUCCUGCUACAGCAUAAGCUCCCUGUGUUCAGGGCCAUGUAUGUUUAAAUCUUUUCAUCUUCUGUAGCACUAAACAGAGUGCCUUGUAUAUGAAAGGCAUUAGUAAAUAUUUGAUAUUAUUAUGAAUUAUAAUUGAGGAGGAGUCACUAUUUUGUCCAUUUGUAUCUGCAGUAGCACCUAAGGAUAAAUCCCCCCAGUUUCUCUAUAUAUAUCUGCACACACAAUCACAUGUAUAUGCUACAUGUAUACAGAUUUCAAAUGAAAUCUGGAUUUUUCUAAGUGCUUUGUCCUUUGAAGUUGUUUUGGACUGUUUUAUGGUUAGGAAAGUGUACUUGGAACACUACAUGAUACUCAAGUAAGUGACAGAGGGAGAAACUAUGAAGGAUAUUGAUCAAAUUUUAGGUAUCAGCUUUUCAGAUGCUUUGGGUAGAGCUUGUAUCCAGACACUUAACUACCAAGACUGAGUCUCUGACAACCUGAUCCAUGCUGGGACUGAUCUGUGAUCCAAUAUUUAGCUUGUUUUUUUAACAUUGCAACAAAGAACCUUGUCACAGUUCUGGCUCACUAAUCACACAGCCUUGUAGACCCCAGGUGGUGGUCCAAUAGGACCAGUGUAUUUCACUACACGCUACUUCCACAUUUGUGGCCUUGGGUGAACUGUCCAUGCUGGUCACCACCUUGUCUUUAUAUUUCUUUCCUGAGCUCUGUGGCUUCUCACCCUUUCUGAGGCUUUGUCUACAGGGUCACUUCUCCCAAAGGGAGGAUAAGAGUUGAGGUAAUUGAACACUUUACCUCUUAUCUAUAUAUUUCCAAUGAAAGUAAGUUAGGAUUUGAAUGAGCUGGCUCAGAGAGAAUUCUAGUCUCUAAACUACUCCUUUCUCUGUAAAUAUAAAGGGAUUCAUUACCUCAGGGGGAGACAACAUCACUUCUGACCUUAUGGCCCUCCCUUAUCCUCUGGUCCCUGUAUUCUUGAAGCCCUGUUUAUCCUUCCUCCUCCUCUCUUGGCUCUACUUAGCAGUAGCCAGUGUCAGUCUGUGUCCCUCUGAAGAAACUCUUGGAGCUGGUACUGUCCUUUCACUUCAGCUGCUCUGGUAACCGAUAAUGUUUCCUUUCCUUCUCCUGGCCAACCUUCUUUAUAAAUCUCAUUAUGCCAUUGGCCAUGAAUUAUUCCCCUUUGGGAGGCAUCUUCUGCCACUGUGUGCUAAUUUAAAGCAUACUAUAGAGAACUGAACUCAAAUAAGUUAUAGGCAGUGACAAGUCCCUUUUUUAAAAAAGUGAAUAAAGUCCAUUCUUCAUUGAGACAGGAGUGGGUAGGACAAUUAUUAUCGGCAAGGUAGGGCAAAACUUGUGACAACUUGGGAGAUACCUAGUGAAAAUUAAAAUAUAAGUCUAGAGAGAUAAUUUUGCUUUUCAAAACUCCUAUUGGGUCUAGAUAUUCUUGCUCCUGAAAAUGAGAAUAGUUAAUAUUUUAGAGCAAACCCCAUUUCAUUAUACUAUGAGACUUUUUUUAGCUGAUGAAACAAUCUGGUAAACAGCUGGUGGGAGGGUAGGAAGACAGCCAUCCUCUUGAAGGAUGGUCAUGAAUCUCAUUUGGGCCAGUGAAUGGACCAAAAUUCUAGGCAUUUUAGCAAUGAAGUGUUCAUGUCAAUUAUUUUGCCUCCAAAUACCCAUAAAAGGAAAGGGAGGAUCUGAGGAAGGAAAAGAACAGGAAGUCUACAUUGGAGCUUCCCUUUGUGUCACCAAUAAAGCCAGGAGCUGACAUGUGAGGCUCAUGGUUCCCCCUUGGUUACUGGCUUCAAUGAUAGCUUCGGAAAGUAGGGAACCUUGAAAGAGCAAGGACCAAAGAUGAGAUGAGUGAGGAACCUGAAUGUAACCCUAUCUAUGAGGUCCUGAUAUCCACAGGGAGCCUGGCCCCAUGUCAUUCCUGCCCAGGCCCUUCAGACUAUAGCACCCAAGGAGCCCUUGAUCAUCACCCUGGGCAGAGGGAGUGACUCAUCACACCACCCUUACCCAAAGAAUUUAGGCCACCAGGCUGUGACUCCAUCUGUCCCCCUUACAGUAAGAGACUCACAGUCUCUGAAAUCUGACAGGAGAACAGCGUCAGGGGAAAAGGCCUGAGAAUGUGAAUUUGCUGAGCUGUCUGCUCCUCUAUGAUAAGUACAUUACCCAUUUCCAGAGGGGAUUUUUUUUUUUUUCAAAACGAAACAAAACAUGCCUGCCUAAAACUUCAGCCCUAUUCAGAACAGUCUUGCAGUUAACUGUCAUUGUCACAUUUUAAUUAUAAUUGAUUUUCUUUUGAAAUCAAUGGCUAUUUUAAUGCUCCCUUUAGCCAUGACAUAAGAACCCUCUGCAAACCAGAGACCUGGCCACUAGGUUGCCUUUGGCUGUGUUAUUCUCUCAGUAGUUCAUACAUUGCUCUCAGAUAUUCACCUGAACAGCACAACUACACAGAAUUUGACCUCUUUGCCAUGAGCAUUCUGAUGCCUAUGCACCUCCCUAAUGCACACAAUCUUAAUAGAUCCAAAUUUCCAAUGCCAAUCAUGUUAUGGUAGAUGAAAGUGUUCAUUUAGAAUGGGAUAAACAGACAUAAUUUGUGCAGUCAGUGUUUUCUCUUUUGCUCUAUCUGGCUGGUGGAUCAUUGAUCCCUCAAGAUUUGACAGAAAUAUUCAGGCUUCAUGUGAAGGCAGCAUUUUCUUUGUAAUGGAAGAACCUAGUUAUCCUCUUCACUGUCCCGUUUUACCCUAUGGAAUCCAUGUGGCCAUCUAAGGUCCUGUUGAUGGAUUGGUAGUAAGAGGAUGGAGCAGAAGCCAGUCCCCCGAGAACAGACAGUCCUGUUGCUUAGAUACAUGCAUAUUCACACAUGUGCCCACAUCUCUUCUUGGAAACAUCAUGAGCAGAGGUGGAGAGGUCUGUUCUCAAUGGGAGGAAUAGGGAUAAGUUCCUUGAGAAUAGGGAUUCUCAAGGAAUAGGGAUAAAUGCCUUCGGGGAUUCAAUAAUUUAUCUGUUCUCUCUCUCUCUCCUGGGGUCAGGAUCAAGAAAAAUAUCAAGAUUUCACCUAGGCAGGAAGCAAGGAGAAUAGUAAAGCAUCCAGGCAGAACUCUUGCUGAGAAAAACAUGAAGUAGUAAAAUCACCCUUUUUUGACACAAAUGCAUUUGGAAGUCAAUGAGAGCACUUACAGUUCUGUUUCCCUUCAUAAACUUUUCAUCUCUUGCAUUCUUUACUUCUCUUUCUCAAUUUAUUCAUCUUGAGGUAUUCUUAUCCUAAGGUGGCUCUGAGUAGCCCACCCUCAAAACACAAACAAUGUUAGGAUGAGAAGUUGAGUGAGCACAGAGCUCGAACAUGUGCGUGGUACUGAAUGUUUCCAAACCCGAGCCCAAUCAGUCUAGCACAGUCAAUCCCACUGCAUUUUAAUGACUAGGAUGGGGCCUGCUGUACAUAGCUGGACAUCUUGGAUUACAGAAAAGAGGCUUUGUGUGAAGUCAGCAUUUUGUUUGUGAUGGAGAAACCUAGUUAUCCUGCUAACUGUCCUAUUUUACCUGGUGGAAUCCAUAAGGUCCUGUUGAUGCAUUGGUUCUAAGAGAAUGGAGAAGCGUAAGUCAAUCUACCGAGAACAGACAGUCUUGUUGCUUAGAUACAUACAUAUUCUUUAUGUCAGGAUUCCUCCUGAGACUCUUGCACACCUUCAGUGAUCAGGGCAUUCACUUUGGUUAUUUCUUGGUAACAGGCACAAGAAAUGGGUCACAUAGAAAUCUGAAGAGUCAUUUCUUGAGCAUUUUUAGCUUAAUCCCAUGUAAAGACGCACUGAGCUCCUGCAGUUCUAGCCUGCCUCUUCUCCCCUCCUUGGGGAAUGGUGGAGUUUCUAGAGUCACCAGCAACCCGUUAGACUCCACCACGCUUAGCCUAUGGUAGAUUCUGAGUAAAUCACAGUAGUUGGUAUGUGAAUACAGGAGAAUUUACCAUAACCAUUUCUCCAAAUAACCUCCUUUGACUUGGAAAUAGGAUCAUCUUUCAGUUUUACAGAUGAGAAGUCAAACAAAGCAUGACAAAAUUAGAUAAUUAGCCAAAAGUAAGAUUAUACAGAAAAUUCUUGACAGAAUCAAAACUUGGCCGAACCAAAACUUGUCCAAAUUUCUAACUCAGUGAGUAAUGCUGCCUGAAUUGUCUGUCCCCACUGUAGGUUUUCAGUGCUGAAAACCUACAGUCACAAAAAUCUAGGCAGCUGAUUUAGCCAGAUCUUUUCUAUGAAAUUUCCCUUUGCAGACACACACACACACACACUGCACAUACAUCUACAGAGACAAGUCAAAAAGAGCAAGAAGAAAGCAAAAAUUUGAAAAUCAGAAAGGAUAGAGGGGUUUCCACAGUGAAGAAAACUUGGUCAAAUAAAAAUGUUUUCGAAUUCUAUGGGGUAAGAGAUUGUGAAUAAUUUUUUUAUUAUUAAAAAUUUUUUAUGUAGCAUGUAAUCCACACAAAUAAAAAGCUCAAGAAAAAUCUGGGACAGAGGAUUUCUUCCAGAGUGCUACAUGGGAAAAGGGCCUUCAGGAACGCGUGCAGGGGAGUCAUGAUACUCCAAAGGUGUCAGUAGUUUUUGUCAGCCCACAGUGAGCAGGGCAGCCUCGAGGGAGAGCCCCUUACAUCCUCUUCUGGGCACCUCUGUCUAAUUCUUAAAGUUCAAACAUACAAGCCUGAUUCUAGGAUUAAGGCAUGAGUUAGUUCGAACAGAAAAAUAUAAGGCAGUUCACAUACACAAUGAAUUCUUGAAGAAAGAACCAAUAGCCCCCAGACCCAUAAUAAAUCAUUACUGCCUGCCUAAAUCCUGAGGAAAGGGAAGCAUGGGUGCUCCAAAGACUAGUCCCCUGAGAAUACUUAUGAGACCUUGAUUUUGUCACACGGUUGCAAUGGUGAUUUAUUAAGCACCCGCAGAUCAGAGAAUUUUGCAACAACCUUCUCUUGCAACCCACCUGUUCACUUAUGAAUGAUAUCAAGCUCAGGAAAUAAUCCAUCUUUCCAAAGAUUUUAGUUUGUGCUGCAGAAGAAAUUUUGACUCACGUACACAGCAUUAUGCUUAUACCAAAAACAGUGAAAGAGCUCUAGUGUCCUGCUUAACACAGAGUAACUAUUUUUUUUUAAAUUUUAUCAGUCCUUCUUAGCCCUAGAGGGAAGAUAGGAGAGGAGGUAGAAAGAUGGAAAAGUCCUUAGACGAAUGAGUGAGGAGUCUACUAUGCCAUCAACUUCACAAUGUACUGAUCCCCGGAGCCUGGUUCAGGAGGCUGGUUUCAGAUGAUUGGAGGAAAUGGAGGAGCUUUCAUUCUCAUGCAUGAAGAUGGAGGGAGGAGGUGGGCACUAGACUAAUUUUUUAAGCUUAAAAAAAAAAAUCAAGCCUAUUACAAAAUCUCAUUUUUCCUUUGUCCUUUUGCCUCCCAAUAAUUCACAUAAAAUCAUGUUAUCAUAGUAAGCUAAGACAGAGGGGCAGUAGCUAUUCUACCUUGACUUCAUGGUGACUUCAUCUUUUUCACGAGUGUCAUUACAGAUACCUGGAUCAUGAUGAUCCUUAACCACAGGUCACGGGGCCAACAGCUGAUGAGUAUUUGGAGCAUCUUAUUCCCCCAAAAUGACCAUUCCCUGCCUCCUGCUACACCCAUAUUCAUCCGGGGGAGGUGGGAAAAUAGCAGGAUUCUUGAGGACCCUGAGGGCAUGAAUGGAGAAUUGUUUGAUUGAAACCACAGAGCUCUUGUGCUUAGUAUUAAAUAUUAAAAUAGAAACGAAAAGUUCAGCUUUUCUGAGCUGUACGAUAGUGGCCAAUGGAGGAAGUCUUACAAAGAAAAUAUAUGUAUCUGCACAAGACUGAAGCCACUAAACCGAGUAUACAUAAAAUAAGGACAUCUUCCUAUUUCAAGUAUAUCUUAGGGGGCAUGGGUGCUUAGCUAUCCUAUAAGCACCCAUUGCCCCCUAAGAUAUACUUCUGUGUCCUUUAAGACAGAGAAGAUAAACUCAAUUUCAGAGCUCAGAGCUCACUCCUGAGCAGCAAGAUCCACAUGAGCUUAAACUCUUUCCCACUGAGCCUAGGGGUGGAAUGUAAUUCCUCUGAUGGUUUUGAUUUCUUUCCAAGCUAGGAUUCUCCAUUUGAUCAUUGGCACCUUGGCAGCUCACACAACUCCAUGGUCUCUUCUGUAGUUUUCAGAAAAAAAAAAUAUAUGUAUAUACACAAAUAUACAUGCAUAUAUAUACAUAUAUAUACACACACACACACAUACAUAACCCUGUUUGGGUAAGGCCUGUUGACAGAAGUCAGAUAGCUGGGUGGAAGUUAGAAGAUGGGAAAGAAUUCUUAUCUCAGAGUUUCAAUACUGUGACAAUGUGGAGAGAAAUCUCCUGGGAAAAUGCAUAUGCCCAGUAACUUCCAAAUGAAUCAGGGAAGUUGGAGCAUUUUUGAGAUUUACAGUGUCUUUCCUUCAGUAAAACAAACCAUAGCAACAUUAUGCUCUGCAGAGUCUUCUGCUCACCCUUGGAUGGACAAGAGCUGCUUCUCCUAGGGAGACAAAUAAGAACAAGAACAAAACUCCCGUCUCCUAGGCCAGUUAUAAGUGUUUUCUCCUUUCCUUUAUUAUUCUGUUACAUAAUGGGGAAAUCUACCUGGCCAUUACCAAUCAAACAUUCUACUUGCUAAAUAUCAUAUAGAAAUUCGUGAAAAAAAGAGUAGAAUCAGCAGAUUUCAUUUAAUCCCAAGGGUCUUUGCAGUUUUCAUCCUCUCCCUCAAAGUUAUCUCUUCUUUGAGACACUUGAUCACCUCUUUCCUCUUCUGGGUGGCCAUAAUUCCAAAAUGAAUUUCAGUGGUUGGUGCUUCACAAAAAGAAAGACAGCUAUAAUAUAAAAUAGACCAAAAUGCUUAUAUUUUUAGUCACUGCAAAGUGGGCUUUAUCGUUGAGAACAACCUUCCAAGCUCCUUACCUGGAAACCGUUCCUCACCGCCCAGCCUUCUGGCAGCUCUCCUGGUCCCCCUUCAUGUUUUUGGCUCCCCUCCCUUUCUUUUCCUAUGAAAAUGGGAUAUAUCCCUGAAACUGCAUUCUUAUCUAAACUAUCAGACUGUUAAAAGAAACCCUUGAUAGCAAAUUUUCAUGGUUUUCUCAUCAUUUUUUAACUUAGGAAGUUGGAGAAAGAAUGACAAGCAGGCAAAUGAGAUCUUGUUCCCGAGUGCUUCAAUUCAAGGUCAAGUGCUGGGAUAGUGAGUGCCUCUUAGUGGAGAGGGAUGUGCUCUGGAAUAUUAAGCCACCUCUGAACGUGUGCACUGGUGCUUUGGUCGAGAUGCCUGUUGUGUAUGUGGAGGUAUUUUGUGGCUUUUCUUGUUCUCUUUUUAAAUAUUAUUUCAAGGCACAAGCCCUUUGUGAUGGAGGAUGUCUAGCUUGAACAUGCUGGUAAUGUGACACUAUCCUCAACUCCCCUUGGCCCUGGGUUCAUAGGAGGCAAGUGUUUCUAAAUUUCUCACCCAAUGAGUUGUUGCUUGUUAUUUUUAACCAUUAAUAUUGUGUGUCUAUUGGAAUGAAAGAGAAGGCUGAAUGGGAAACAGAUUCAGUGACAAGCAGACAAAAAGCUCGGUUCUGAAAAAUGUUCUUCACUGAGUUGAAAGAAAAAUAAUCUAGAAACAAAGAAGAGGGAAAUUGGGGUAGAAUGGUUUGGUGGUGAAGAGACGAUGACACCCACAUCCAGAUGCUGUGGUGUAUUCCCUCACAGAUUUGUUUGUCAUUCCCUGUGAGCUCUGGCAGAAGGAGAGGCUGUGCUGCCAUUGAUGGCUCAGAAAUGGUGACAGGCUGACUUUAGAAAGAGACGUAGGCUUUCUUCCAGGCAGACACUGAUAAGCAUUGUAGCUUGAUUCUUCAAAACCUUGUCUACAAACCUUUAGGGCAGCUCCUCUCCAAUGAUUUCCAUUCUCCAGUCAAGAAGAUUCUGAGUAGAAGAGCCUUGUGUGCAUUGUGAUUACAUUGACUUAAGUUGGGAAGCCAAGGGGCACUGAGGAGAACUGAAUAUAUCAGGGGAAUGGAGUUAGUCGAACCUUUUUUUUUCAAUAUUGGAAUGAUUCUGGAUCACAGAGUUAGGUCACCUCUGAGAGAGAAAAUCUUUUAAAUAAAAUUAUAUCUUCCCAUCUCCAGUGAAAUCACUAGGUUGGCUAAUAUGAUUACAGUUUACUUCAGGAAGAAAAUUGCUAGAUUCGAUUACAAAUAGGCAUUUUACAGACUGAUUUAAUCCUGAGUCUUACACAUAUUAACAUGGAAUUUACUGACUCAGACAUGAUCUUCUAAGCUAUAAAAUAUUACUGGCGGGUAGUAGAUCAUAUGUUCUAAGCAAACCAGGAAGGCUAAAACGUUAAGUAAUCCUCCCAAAUAUUUAGCACCUGUGUAUUUCACUAUAGCUGUAGGGGAUUUGGGAGUUAGGUCACAGGGGAAAGGAGGGAAAGAGUGCCAUAGAUUAAUGAAACUCAGUAACUUUUUUCUUAACUAUUAAAAAAUAAUAAUUAACCCAAGGACAAUUCUCAAACCAGAAAAAAGCAUGAAAAGUGAGCUCUGCACUUGCCAUUGGUUACAAUUUAGAAACACUUAGAAUAAAUAUCCAGGUUUGGGGGGAGUUGUUUCUUUGCUUGCAUUGUUUUGUUUACUGGAGCUCUUAUUUUGGGGAUAUUUGGUCUGCGGCUUCAGACCAUGUUUUGAAUAAAUGACUUAUCCAUGCAUUGAUAUUUAUUGAGUGGAAACCCAUGCCAGGCUGUUCUUGGUGCUGCAAUAUAAGAAUGAACCACACAAAGUCCAUACCCUCUUGAAGUUUAUAUGUUGAUGAGAGGAAAUGGACAAAAAAGCAAAUCAAUAGAUCUCAUGUCAGACAGUGCAAAGUGUCAUGCAGAAAAAUGAGGCAGAUUAAGGGGAUAGAUGAUAGGAUGGGUGUGGGGUUGCUACUUUUCAGUAAGCAAAGAUGACAUUUAAGUAAAGGUUUGGAGGAAAUGAGGGAGUGAGACUUGGGGCUUUCUAUGCAAAGGCAAAGAGAAAGCAAUUGCAAAGGCCCUGCUGUCAAACCAAAUGCUUGGCAAACUUAAGGAAGUGCCGGGAGGCCAAUGAGGAAGGAGGAGAAUAUGAGAGGUGAGGUCAGAGAGGGGGUAGUAACGCAAGUCAGGUAGGGCCUUGUAGGACACUGUCAGGAUCUGGCUUUUACCAAGAGCAAGAUGAGAAGUUGCUGGAAGGUUCUAGCAUAGAGUGAUAUGAUCUGACUUCAGUUGAAGAGGAAGCUUUGGGACUGCUGUGUUGAGCAUAUACCAUGAGAGGGCAGACAAUGGGAGCGGCUGAAAGACCAGUUAGGAAGCUCUUGCAAUAAUCCUGGUAAGACAUCAUAGUUUCUUGGGACAUGGUAUUAGCAGGGGAAGUGAUAAGCAGCAGUUGGAUUUUGGAAAUGUUUUAAAGAAUCGAUAUCACACAGUUUGCUGAUGAAUUAGACAUUGAAUAAAAGAAAGAAAAAUCUUAAGAAUAACCUUAGAAUGUUUGGCCUGAGCUAUUGAAAGUUUGGAGUUGCCAUCAGUGUAAGACAGGAAUCCUGCAGGUGAGGCCGACUGGGAAGGAAAGCCUUACAGUUUAAGGUGUCUACAGAUGUUCCAAGUAGAAAUGAUGAUUAGGCAAUUAGAUAUAUGGACCUGGAGUUCACGGAAAAGGUAUAGCCUGAAGAUACAUAUUUGGAAUUUGUAUGCAUUUGGAUGGUAUUUGAAGCCAUGAUA